AUGGCAUUCUUAAAAUUAUUUUUUAUCGUCACAAUCUGCCUUUCCAACUUAGGGUUUCUCAUAAAUGCCCACCCCGGAUUUAGUUUGGACUUGAUCAAUAGAGAAUCACCGGAUUCUCCAUUUUACAAUCCCGACGAGACUCCGGCGCAACGCUUAGCUAAAGCUAUGAAUCGGUCGUUGGAUCGUUUUCAUCAUUUAGAUUCGGUACAAUUUAGAGAUCAUCUAAACACAAAUGUCCAGUCUGAAAUCGCGUUUUAUCAGGGUGAGUAUCUCGUCAAGAUAGCGAUAGGCGUCCCGCCCACGACCAUUAUAGCUAUAGCCGACACGGGCAGUGACCUUAUUUGGACACAAUGCCUACCAUGUAACAAAUGUCUUCAGCAAGACGCGCCGCCGUAUGAUCCAAGCAAAUCCAUAACUUACAGAACCAUAAAUUGCAAUUCGACAAAAUGUAAAAAUAUUCCAGCAACUCAUUGCUCAUUUGAUGGAACUAGCACUUGUAAAUAUGCAAUUAAUUAUGGAGAUACUUCAUUUACUAAUGGAGACAUGGCUUGUGAUACUAUUACUUUAGGUUCAUCGGCUGGUUUGCAUAUUUUAUUACCUAAAGCAAUCAUUGGUUGCGGACAUGAUAACGGAGGAAAAACAUUCACUUCCAAGGUUUCAGGAAUUGUCGGACUUGGAGGUGGUUCCAUUUCUCUUGUGUCUCAGUUACAACCUUUGACUGGUGGGUCUAAAUUCUCUUACUGCUUGGUUCCGUACACCUCGGCUGAAACUUCUAACUCAAGUAAACUCAGUUUCGGAGCAAUGGCGACAGUUGCAGGUGACGGAGUUGUAGUCACUCCGUUAUUUCCGAGAGCUCAAAAAACAUUUUACUAUGUGAAACUAGAAGCAAUCAGCGUUGAUGCUAAACGAAUCGAGUUCUUCGGUUUAAAACCCACUGGUAAUCAACAAAAUGGAAACAUGAUUGUCGAUACCGGAACUACAAUGACGUUACUCCCCGGUCCGCUUUUCGCAGAACUCGAAACAGAAGUCGAAAAUGUUGUCCGAGGGAAAAGAUUUGAAGUAGCAAGCGGAUUUCCGAAAAUUUGCUACUACGCAGAUUCUAUCGUCAAAUUACCGCAAAUAACACUUCAUUUUACGGGUGCAGAUUUGGUGCUGAGCAGUUAUAAUUCAUUCAUUGAUGCUCAAGAAAAUGUUUUGUGCUUCACUUUUAACCCUUUGGAUAUUGGUGUUGAUUUUGCAAUUCUUGGGAAUAUGGCACAAACUAAUUUCUUGAUUGGGUAUGACCAACAAAAGCAAACUGUUUCUUUCAAGAAAACUGAUUGUGCCAUUCACUAA